AUGAUACUUGUUCUAUAUCUUUUCUUCGCUGCAUACGCCAACGCUAGAAUGAUCAUCAAUCCAAGCAAAACAGUUAGAAAUGAACACAGCAGCGCUGAAAUGUACUCGGCGCUCACAGAAGAAGCUAAUUUCAAAGAGGAUGGUGAGACAAUAGACGAAAUCAACCAAAAACGAGGAGUAGGAGAAGUUUUAUAUCAGGGUGACAUAGUUCUUAACGAUGAACAGUUAAAUGAGAUUAUGAAGUCAAGGGAAGGAGCCACCCGGAAAGAACGACAAGCAUUCAAGGAUCGGAACUAUCCUGGAACAAUUUGGCCUAACGGCGCUGUUUAUUAUUCGUUUCAUCACAGCACGAAUCGCAAGUUACAACAGCUGUUCAGAAAGGGGGCAAUGGAAUGGCAAAAGCAGACUUGCCUCACUUUUUUUGAGAAGCGCGAUGCAAACGAACGUAUUGAACUGAUGGCAAACGAUGGCUGUUGGUCAUAUGUCGGCAAUAUGCAUAAGGUACAAUCACUUUCGUUGGGCAGAGGAUGCGAAACGAUAGGUACAGCUGCACACGAAAUUGGUCAUGCGCUAGGCAUGUUCCACACUCAGUCAAGACACGAUCGUGAUCGGUACAUCCGGAUUGAUAUGCAAAACAUCAGGCCGUCCUUUCUCGGCCAGUUUCAAAAAGAAACUGAAAGUACCAAUGACAAUUACGGUUUGCCAUACGACUACGGGAGCUUGAUGCAUUAUGGCGCAAGAAGCUUUUCUUCGAAUGGUGGUAUCACUAUGAUGCCAUACAAUGAGAAUUAUAUCUACACGAUGGGUUCACCAUUUCUAUCUUUUUACGACCUUCUCAUGAUGAACAAGCAUUACAACUGUUUCGGUAAGUGCCAAGGUAAGUCUUUUGCGGCUAGGUGCGCAAUGGGAGGAUUUCCAAAUCCUCGAGAUUGCUCGAAGUGUGUUUGCCCAGGAGGAUAUGGGGGCAAACUGUGCAUAGAGAGGCCAGCAGGAUGCGGCAGAAUCCUAAAAGCCACCACUUCAUUUCGACCAUUUGCUGAUAUCGUGGGAGAUCGCAGCGUAACGUAUACGAAUCAAAGGGAUGACUUCCUAAUAUGUAAUUACUGGAUAAAAGUUCCAGCAGGAAAAAGGAUUGAAAUUCGUUUUGUCAACAUUACGAAUGGCGUUGCUAAGAAUGGAUGCUACUGGGCUGGAGUUGAGCUGAAAGUUCAGAAAGACCAACGUCUGACCGGAUAUAGGUUCUGCUCGUCCGCAUCCACCAAGAAGAUCUUCAGGUCGGAAAGAAAUAUUGUCCCCAUCGUUACAUACAGCAGAAUAUGGCCAGUGAAAACUACGUUGCAAUAUCGGAUGAGUUCGUUGAAUAUAAUCUAA